UUAAGUUUUAAGAAAACAAUUUGUUGACAACCACACAGAAAUUACAUAAAAAAAUGAGAGAUUUCUUGGGUUUAUAUUCACUAAACGAGAGAAUAUUCUUCGUAAAGACAUUCUACAAGAACGACAGUGAUGUUAAUUGCGUGAAAACAAACUAUUUGUUGGAAUUCGGUGAAAUUAAGGACAUCCCGAGUGAUCAAAUUAUAUACGAUGCAAUAAGCUUGUUCGAAAAAACAGGGAACAUCAGCGAAGUUCCCGAAUUUCUCAUCAAGAACUUCAAAUGUGAUGAGAAUUCAAGCAACCAUCACCUUGAGGAAGAUUCGGAUUUACUGGCAAAUAUAAAAGUGGAGGUUGUUGAAGAAGAUACCAACGAAGAAGAUCCCUUUAACACGUUAGACAGCAAUGAAACUACGUCACAAAUUAAAAUUGAGAGUAAUGAACACGGAGAAGAUGCAGAAGAAGCGCCAAUGUCCGAUGUUAAAGAGGAAGUCUUUGAGUUGAAAUUCAAGAAGCCAACAAGGAAUAAGAAAAAGAAGAAGGUUGCUGAUGUUGACAAUGCUACAACAGAUGAACUGCCAAAAAAUCCCAAAACAUGCACACACUGCAAACUUAUUCUCCCAUCAAAGUACAAACUCCGCAUUCACGUGAGGACAGAGCAUGCGGAAGAACUCAAAAAGGCCAAGGAAAGAAAGGCAAAUAAAGCUCCGCGAAAGUGUCCGUACUGCCCGAAAGAGUGGAAAGGAAAGAGAUCCUAUGAGCGACAUAUUGCAAUGCAUACAGACAAAAAGGAAGCAAUUUGUGAUGUAUGCGGAAAGGGUUUUAGGACAGCGUUCAGUAUGUCAAAGCACAUGCUAAUUCAUACAGGUGAAAAGCCGUAUAAAUGCGACUAUCCAAAAUGUGAGCGAGUCUUUAGGAAUCAAAAUUGUCUGAGUAUCCACAAAAGGUGUCACACAGGUGAAAGACCCUAUGCCUGUGAAUACUGUGGAAAGGGUUUCACCGAUAAAAGUACAUUGAGGGUUCAUUAUCGGCAGCAUACUGGUGAAAGUCCGUAUAAAUGUGAAUUAUGCGGCAAGACGACGAAACAAAAGCAAAAUCUCAAGAGUCACAUGAAGCACAUUCAUAAUAUGGAUUAAGAAUAAGAAAUAAAAAUAUUAUAAUAAAAAUUUAAAAAAAAAA